AUGCACAGUCAGAAAAUUGCACACAGAGAUAUCAAACCAGAUAACAUUUUACUUACAAAGAAUAAGCAAAUGAUCAAAGUUUGUGACUUUGGUUUCACUAGGAAAGAUGAAAAACUCAUGAACACUGUCAUGGGUACAAUGAAAUAUAUUGCCCCAGAAAUGCUUGAAAGUAAGCGUUAUGAUGAGGCAGUGGAUAUUUGGUCUUUGGGUAUU